AUGAAGUCAGAAAAGGGGCCAUUAAACAGGAUAGUGCUGAAGAAAUUGCACUGGGAAGAUGCUUUUAUGGCCCUCUUAAUUAAAUCAUCAUCGGGGGAUUUGGUGAAGGAUGACAGAGUCUCCAUCAGAGACAAUAAGAAAGAAAGCUAUUUUGAAAUAACCAUGGACAAGCUGAAACAGGAAGAUUCUGAUACCUACCAAUGCGGCAUAGAGAGAGGAGCACUUAAUGACAGACAUUAUAUUCGCGUGGAAGUUUCUCCAGAUCCAAAGAAAACAUCAACAACAGAAGAGCUGUUCACUUCCACUGCCACGAUUGCUGUAGCUAAAUCCAACCCCACCCCGCCUCCUUCACAAGGGUCCAAGGAACAAAAGCUCUACAUUUUAAUAUACUGCAUCAUCCCGCUGUUUCUCCUUCUCUUAGCUGCAGCUGUUGUGUUGCUUAUCAUCUCAAAGAAGAAGAAGAAAGGUUGGAACAGCAAAAAAGAAAAAAAGCCACAAAGCAUGGUGCUUGCUCUCAAUAAAGUAGAUGCAGGCAGUGAACACCGUAUUCCUGGCCACCACCUAGGCACUGAUGGGACAGAGUUCUACAGCAAUGUGGAGGUCAAUCCUGGAAAUAACUAUGAAGAGCUCCCUUCUCAGGAAAAGAGUUCAGACAGGAGUGAUGAGGUUUCUUAUGCUACGCUGAAUAUUUCCGAUCCGCAACAGCUGUCUGUCUAUGCCAACGUAGGACCAGUCCUGUCAAAGAUUCAGGAAAUCUUUUAUACAGAGGUGGCCAUUAAGCCUAAAGAAUAAUAAAAAGGAAUCGCCAGAAGUGC